AAAGGCCGUCGGUGUUCUACCAGGAAACAGUUUGGUAGCGUGCAGCACUUUAGGCGGAUGGAGUAUCUGGAUAUAUAAAGUCCUGAAGGUUGUUCAAAGCCGUGCCGGCGAUUUAAAGUGACUCUUACUGGCAGACAAAUGAGAAUCAAUAAGACAAGAAUAAAACAUUUUUAUAAAAUGAGAAGCAACAGAAAGAAGGAAUGUUUUACUGAAGAACUCUCUCUCUGCAGUAAUGCAACAACUUCAUGGAGGUUCAGUACGAAACUGUUGAGGUGUAUCUACACACACGUCCUUCUUAUCGCUGCUGGUUGUAGCCGCUGUGGUUCAGGAUGUGAGCUCAGUUAACAGGAACCAUCAGAACAACACAGGCCGGAAACACCUGAGUGUGAGUGCAGAGUGAAAACAAGACGUGUUCAGUUCUUCAGCAGCUCACAGAGCAACACAAGCGCAGCUGGAGGAGCCGGCGGCCUGGGUGGAGGGCCGCUUCAUGUUCGGCGAGUUGGCCCGGUGUUGCAGGAGGGUUUAGCGACGACCGGCUCCAGAGCUUCUUUAUUCACAGAGGAUCACGUUGAAGCGUUCUCUGUUGGAAAUGAUGCUGUGUUGAAGCUUUGUUGUUUUGCUGCCGCGGUAACAACCACGAUGAUCUGGUGUGACGUGCCGGAGAGGUGUGGUGGGCCCGUGGCUCGCAGGGAGGGGGAGGACAAACGGCUCUCAACCACAAUCGUACCACAGUGUGCAGAAUUAGGAAAUGCACGUGUGUUUUGGGUUGUUGGAUAGUGAUCCUUACAGAAAGCAGAGAUGACGAAUGCUCGGGGAACUUGUGAGUGUGUGUUGAUUAUCAGGCUGGAACUCCAUUUCAGACAUGAAAUGAGGGUUUGGGUUUGAGGAAUGCUUCAUGUCCUCACAAGAUUAGAACCUGCGUAUGUUUGCCCGGAGGACGGGGUGUUGCGUGUCCCCCUGGAUCUGAGCCACUUCCUGUCAUUAUGCUUUAUCACUGUGGAAUAAUUUCCUUUGAACCUUCAGGAGCCAGAAUCCAUUUAGUCCGGCUUUGAAUGUGAAACUGUUCAGACUGAGCCGUUUGAUUCUUUCUACCAACCUGAACCUGAACCUGCAGCCGAUCUGACGGUCUGCAGCUGAAACCACUAACGCCACUAAGUUUGUUCCUCCGCCGUCUUCCUCUGUUCUCUGUUUUUAGAAGGAUGGAUGGAAGCGGCUCCGCAGGAAAUCCCAGCGCUGCCUCGUCUCGCGCGCUUCCUGCCCACGCUGAUGAGGACGUGCUUCAAUCAGAUGAUUGGAUCUCAGCUUCUGAGGAGGACGGCGGGCAGAGCAGAGAGUCAGUCAGUGUGCCCGGGUCCCAGAAAGACCAGAGUCCAGCGGGGAUCCAUCAGAGUCCUACAAAGAAAGGCCAGACUCGAGGAGAGACUCACCAGAGUCCAGCAGAGAAACACCAGGCUGCAGAGGACCCAGACCGGCUGUGUCUCAUAAAACAUACAAACCACAUGGGUCCUCCAACAAAACAACAGAAACCAGAAGAUUCUGCAACCAAACCAGGUCAACUAAAACAAAAUCCUCUUUCUACAGUGGAACAAAAACUGCAAGAUUCACCAAAACUUCAACCUAAACCAGAUCAGCCUUCUCUAACCAAGCCCGGUUGUCUUUGUACAGAUCCAAAGAAACCAGGAGAUCCUCUUUGCUCCAAAGACUCCCAGCUACACCAAACCCGGGAAGAUCCUUGUCUCGCAAACCUGGAACCUGAAGAGGACCCUCCUCCCCCCUUAAAGGAUUUAACCGCUUUCACUUCAACCUUCGAUGAACAAAACCAGAAGGUGCUUAAGCUCCACAUCUCCAAAGACCAACAGAACCACCAGGAUCCACCUUCAGAGAAACCCACUUCAUCCACACCUGAGAGGCAUCAAGACCACCACGAACCUCCUCCUCACAUGAACACCCAGCUGGCUCCUCCUGCUCCUGCAGACCAGCAGAACCACCUGUCUUCUCCUCAGGUUCCGCCUUCGAUAGUCCUUCCCACUGAGGCGUCCACCCUGCCUCCACCAGUCCAGGCUCCGCCCCCCACCAUCGAGGUGUUCUGUGACCAGGUGCUGCACCGCCCUACGGUUUCUUCUUCAGGUGAGCCCAAACUGUGUGGCUUCCUGCAGAAGCAGGGGGGGCCCCUGAGGGCCUGGAAACAGCGCUGGUUCACCUACGAAGAGAAGAAGAAUCAGCUGUUCUACUACCGCACGCCACAGGAUGUCACGCCACUCGGCUGGGUGGAGCUCAGCAGCGCCACCUUCACCUACCCGCUGAAGGCUGAAAAGGGCACCUUCCACAUCAAGACCCCCGAACGCACCUUCAUACUCAAGGCUGUGACCCAGGAGCUGAUGCUCUAUUGGCUGCAGCAGCUGCAGGUGAAACGCUGGCAGCACAGACAGACGUCCACCUGUCCAGAGCCGACAAACAACACUGCAGACGACUUCCUGCCGGUGUUGAAGAGCCCGCUGGGUCUGGUGGGGGAGGAGGCGGCCAACGCACCGUCACAACGAACGCCGCUGGUCGACAUGUCAAUCAAACACCCGCUCAUCGAGAUCCAAAACUCGGUCCACAGUCUCCGGAAGAGGACGACUCAGGAUUGGACUCAGAGUUUGUUUCAUGUAGACGCUCCUCCGUGGAUCCCCCCGAGCUCUGCAGACACCGACGCCACGGUCCCUCCAGACCCCAGGACUCCCAUUGAGUCCCCGUCCCCGUCCCCGCCCCCUCCCUUCACAUUGGCUGAUCCAGCAGGUCAGGGGCCUCCGGCGGAGGGUCGGGUGUCGCCUUCGCUGUUCGACAGCUGGAGCAGGAAGACGAAGAAGCGCAGCGCGUCCACCCUGCCGGCGCCCCGCAGAGACAGCCUGCCGUCGGACCGGACGUCCCGCCUCCUGCAGGAGAAACAGAUGCUGAUGGAGGAGGUCAAGGCUCAGAAGGAGCUGGUGUGGAUCCUCCACAAAUCCUUGGAGGCGUCUCAGCUGGAGAAGCGCAGCUGUGCGGAGUUCUUGGCGGAGGAAGGCGAGCAGGAGCGUCUGGAGCUGCUGCGACACCGCGAGCGGCAGGCGGCCGACCUGCGAGACCGGCUGGAGGAGGCGAAGACGGAGGUGGAGGAGAAGAAGAGCAGCCUGGCUCAGAGAGACGCGCAGCUGGCGGAGCUGCAGGAGAACAUCAGGAUGCUGAAGGAGAAGAACGAGGCCAAGCAGGAGGUGAUCAUAAAGCUCUCUGAGCAGGUGAGCGCCUACAUGGCCGACCCGCGUCGACCCAUCUCGUCCUCCGGUGGCAGUUUGGACUCUCAGACCUUCAGACGGCUUCAGCAGGAGGUCGAGAACCUGAAGGACGAUAUCGAGGCGUAUAAGUACCAAAACAAGUUCCUGAACUCUGAGAUCUACCAGCUGACCAAACUGUGGAGGAGGAGCUCCGAGCAGGAGAAGAGCCUGAUGGUGAAGUGUGCCUACCUGGAGGCCAGCAACUGUCAGGUGGAGAGCCGUUACCUGGGCGUCCUGCGCACGCUGCAGGAGGCCAAAUCUCUGGAUCCGGUGCAGCGCGGGGCCGUCCAGAAGAUGAUCGAGGACGCCCUGAAAGGAGAGCUGAAGAGCGUCGUCAGGCUCAGCGCGGCCAGAGAUCACGACGAGUACGGCUUCAAAAUCAUCCCAGACUAUGAGGUGGAGGACAUGAAGCUGCUGGCAAAGAUUCAGGCGCUGGAGAUCCGCUCACACAACCUGCUGCACCAGGACGGCGUGCAGCACCCCCUGUUGAGUCGCUGGGCUCAGUACCUCGCCGGCAGGUCGGACGGUGACCUCUGUCCCUCACCGGAGCUCAAAGGCCUGAUCCGAGGCGGCGUCCCUCAGGAGUACCGACAGCGGGUGUGGCGCUGGGUGGUCCGAGCCAGAACCAGGACGAUCAGAGAGCAUCACCCGCAGCGCUACCAGCAGCUGUGUGAGAAGAGUCGGACGUCUCCUCAUCCGGCCUCCAGACAGAUCCAGCUGGACCUCCACCGCACCCUGACAACCAAUCAGCGCUUCUCCUCACCAUCUAGCCCCGUCCUCCAGCAGCUCAGCCGCGUCCUAUUGGCCUUCUCCUGGCAGAACCCUGACAUUGGCUACUGCCAGGGACUCAACAGGUUGGCGGCCAUCGCUCUGCUGGUUCUUCAGAGUGAAGAAGACGCCUUCUGGUGUCUGGUGGCCGUGGUGGAAACCCUCAUGCCUCAGGACUACUACACCAAGAACCUGGUGGCCUCUCAGGCUGACCAGCGGGUGCUGAAGGACUUCCUGACGGAGAAGCUUCCCCGGCUCGCGGCUCACUUUGAGGAUCACAGCAUCGACGUGUCUCUCGUCACCUUCAACUGGUUCCUGGUGGUUUUUGUGGAGAGUCUCCCCAGCGACAUCCUGCUGCCCCUGUGGGACGCCUUCCUGUACGAGGGCACCAAGGUGAUCUUCAGGUACGCUCUAGCUCUCUUCAAAUACAAAGAGGACGACAUCCUGAAGAUCCGCGACAGCGUGGAGAUCUACCAGUACCUGCGCUUCUUCACCAAGACCAUCUCUGACGGCAGGAAGCUGACCAGCGUCGCCUUCAACGACAUGAACCCCUUCCCCAGCCGCCUGCUGAGGAACCGGCGAAGGCUCCACCUGGAGCGCCUGCAGGGGGAGCUGCGAGAGCUGGAGGAGCAGCAGAGGGCGUUCGUAACGGAGAGCGCCGUACGUAAAGACAAAGAGGUGGACACCAUGGUCAGCGAGGACGACGAGGAACUCUGAUGAGGGUUUCUGACACACGGCUGAUUCUGACCUGCCGGACCCGAGGCUGCAGAGUCGGCGUCUGUAAUUAUCGUACUGCUGUUGCUCAUAAACCUGUCGACACCUGGAUGGAGUUCACAUGAAACCAGCGGCCUGAGGACCCAGUCUCAGGUCGUCUUCUUCUUCUUCUUCUUCCUUUAAUCUCUGGCACAGGAAGUGUACCGCUGCCUCCACAACAUUUUUUUUCUUUGCAUAUAGACACAGAGACGCACAUUACUGCCUGGUUCCGCAGGUGAGUCAGGGUCGGACCUGCUGAUUCACAACUGACAAAAACACCAGAAGAAGAACUUUUAGCGAUUUAGUUCCAACAAUAACACUUCAGUCAGCGUCGGCUAACAGCUGUCCCUGAGCUAACGCAUGAACGAACGCCGUUUAUGACCCAUGACGCAGUUAGCUAACAACUACACUACAACCUGGGACACUUGCACACAGUCUGAGAUGACAGCGAACGCAUCAUGUGAUAUUCAGUGGUCUCUGCACAGGUGCCUGAAGUCUGUUUAAUGAGCUGAACAGCUGAUGAGGAUGUUAACGGUCUGAACCCGCCUGUCCUGAAGCUCUGUCCCCUUCAUGUCUGUACAGUUUGUGGUUUAAUAUGUCAGUGCUGCAAAACAAAAACGUCAAUAAAGCGAAGCCCAGUUUA